GCUACUGACAUGUUUGCUAACUGAGUGGACCAUGGUGAUGGGGACUUUAUAGCUCAGUUUCUCUUGCUGUUGGAGUCAAUUUCUUGAAUAAAAUGACGACUCAACGUAAAAACAAUCCCGCCUGAGCUUUGAAGCUCCUGUGAGACGCCGUGCAAGCUUCUAGCGGCGGUCGGUGGGAUGGAUCCUCUGGGGGCUCGCUCCCAGUUUGUGGAUAUCCAGUCCCUUCCGGUGUGGCAACAGCAGCUGAGUGAGGAAGCCAAGGAGACGCCGCUGGACCGGGACGGCCCGCUGGACCACGAGGCCUUUCCCUCGCCCUUCCCGUUCAGACCGGACAUCAACCGCAAGAUCAUCCUCUUCCCCGGGGACGUUGCCCUGCUGAACUGCACUGCCAUUGUGAACACCAGCAACGAGUCGCUGAACGACAAGAAUCCAGUGUCGGACAGCAUCCAUCAGCUCGCCGGGCCUGAACUGAGGGAAGAGCUUGUGAAACUCAAAGGAUGUCGGACUGGCGAGGCCAAGCUGACCAAAGGCUUCAACCUGGCGGCCCGGUUCAUCAUCCAUACUGUGGGACCGAAGUACAAAGCCAAAUACAGGACUGCAGCGGAGAGCUCUCUGUUCAGCUGCUACAGGAACGUCAUGCAGCUGGCAGCAGAACAGUCGAUGGCGUCUGUCGGUUUCUGCGUGCUGACCACCACCAAAAGAGGCUAUCCACUGGAAGACGCUGCACACAUCGCUUUCAGAACAGUGCGCCGGUUCCUGGAGAACCAUGGCAACAGCAUCGACUCGGUGGUGUUCGCAGUGUCAGACACAGAGGAGUCUGCGUACAAGAAGCUUCUCCCGCUGUACUACCCUCGCUCCGAGGAAGAGGAGCGGCGCUGCCUUCCUUUCAUCCCGGCUGACAUUGGCAACUCGGAGGGCGAGCCCGUGGUCCCAGAGAGACAGAUCCGCAUCGCAGAGAAGCCAGGCAGCCUGGAAGAUGAGCGUGAAGAGGAGAGCCUGGAGCUGGAUUUGGGUCAGGUGGGGAAUCACGCCUUCGCUCGGAUGGAGGGCGACGUGGACAAGCAGAGGAAGCAGAUCCUCCAGGGCCAGAUGUCUGAAGCAGCCGUACAGAAGCAGCACCAGAGAAACUACAGUCGCUGGCUGUGUCGAGCGAGAGCGGAGGAUCUGUCAGACAUCGCUGCGCUGAAAGCCUUAUAUCAGACCGGUGUGGACAUAUGCGGCAGGACGGUGAUGGUGGUAGUCGGACGAAACAUCCCAGUAACCCUCAUUGACCUGGAAAAGGCCUUACUGUACUUCAUCCAUGUGAUGGAUCACAUCACAGUGAAGGAGUAUGUGAUCGUUUACUUCCACACGCUGACCGGAGAGCACAACCAUCUGGACUCGGACUUCCUCAGAAACCUCUACGACGUCGUCGACAUCAAGUAUAAAAAGAAUCUGAGGGCCUUUUAUUUUGUCCAUCCGACGUUUCGCUCAAAGGUCUCCACUUGGUUCUUCACCACCUUCAGCGUGUCGGGCCUGAAGGAGAAGGUCCGUUACCUGGACAACCUGCCGCAGCUCUUCACCUGCAUCAAACCCGAGCAGAUCGACAUUCCUCCGUUCGUCCUGGAGUACGACGCACGAGUAAACGGACCGAACCAUCCCAACGAGGCCUCUGGUCUGUGACAGGACGCCGGCUGGACCUCUUUGCUAGGCGGACGCCGUGAAUUCAGCCCCUCUGAGGAGAAGUUCUUAAUGGGCGUCAGACUGCCUGAGCGGUCUGAAAUCACACGCUCCGUCAGGCUGUGAACCAGGGCGGGGAAAAUCUCCGUUGACGUUUCCCGCCAAAACCGUAUGAAGAGAGUCGUCUCAGGUCAGCGGUAGCGACCGUUUGUCGGCCCGGGAUAGUUCCUGGAUAAUUCCUCGCAUAAAGUCUUUUUCUCCUUUUUAUUUAUGUAUUUUCUCCAGAGCAAAUAAAGAGUCAAGUCACAAAACCUUUGACUUCACGUAAAAUCACACCUUAUCCAGCUGGUGGCUGAACACGGCGGCUGCGAGUUUUACUAUUCAAUGCAGUACAUCGCUAUGACAGCAAGAGGCGCUUAAACCAGAAAGUAACAUAAAGUUAGAGCAGUAACUUCUCAUCAGUCAUAUGCGUAUGAAUCAGAGGUUAAGUCCCAGACAUGAACGCUUCAGUUUGCUGACGGCGUUUUCAGCUGCUCAGACCCACAGCAUAAAAUCUUGUUAGCCUUAAAAAAACCUUUUGUGUUCAAACUGAACGGCAGCCGACGAAACGUUGCGCGUCCGCCAGCGUUUAGAGUAAAACGAGUCCAAAAACAGACAUUUAUCCCACAAGUUAUUUUUCCCUCCCCAGCUGAUUGCUGCAGUCAUGCAGUGGUUUCAAUUCGUCGCUCUUCGUGUAAACCGAUGGAUGCGAGGAUGCAGACGUUUGUUGCCUUAAUUGCAACAUUUUCAGUCCAACAGAAAAAAUUACUUUUUGCUGCUUAGUUGAAAUGAAUUUUGCUCCGUUCAUCUGCUCAUUAAAUAAUCAGAGCCAAGAAUUGACAUGAUUGUUCCCAUACAUACAUCAUGUUUUUUCAUUCAACAUCCUGGUCACUAAUCAGGGCUGAUCAAUGGAAAAUGAGCUGAAUCACUCACUGAAGUAAUUGAUGCCGAGCUAAAACAGGCUGUCAUCAGGAGUGAUAUUUGCAGAAAAGAAACUUAGCAUCAGGAAUAAACAGUUUUCUUGAGGAAGGACUGAGACUGAUUGCGUCCCAAUUUGUAAAUACUGUUCAUAUCUUACAAACUGAAUCAGACUUGUAGAGAAAUCCCAUAAAUCUACCUAUUUAUUUAAACACACGUGAUUUUAAUUUUUGAUUUUAUUUGUAGAAAUUCAACUUUGUCUCGUUAUGUCUAAAACUAACUUCGGGCAACAAUUUCUCCGGUUUUCUCAGUUUUCGUCCUCCACUGCUAAAACCAUUUCGGUUCCAUGUUUUUUGUUCGUUCGGUAAAGAAACGCUUGUGGAUUUUCAGACGCGAGGUUCUGUGAAUGCAUCGUCUGUGAUCGUUUUCUGACACAAAAUCCUACUAUUUCCAUUGUGAAUAUCUUAGGACACUUGAAAUGUAACAAAAGUAACAUACAAGUAACUUUUCAGCAAGAUACAGGAGCUUGUUUUAAGUCAAUAAUUCCACUGGCAGAUCUUGUUUUUCCUUAUAACAAGACAUUUUUUCCAUGUUUUCAGUGAAGAAAGUGGAGCUCCUGUAGUUCCUCUCAUCAAUAUUUAGGGAUUACUGACUUAAAUAACCUCUAUAUCUUUCUGAAAACUUACUUGUAAGUUAGUGUUGUCUUAUUUCAGGUCUACUAAGAUAUUAGCACUAGAAACUAGACCAAAAUUACUUGGUAAGAUUUUGUUUUUUUCAGUGACUGUAAAUCGGAGUUGUGAAAGCCAACAGCUUGUAAAAAUCACAACCUGUUUUCGCUCCUUUCAUUCAGUUAAAGUGAAAGUGUUUGUCUUUGCGGAACAUGCCGCUGGAGCUACACUUUUACAAGAAGCCAUUAAGUUUGUUGCCUCUUUAACGGCCAACUGAGCUCUGCUCUCCUCGUUGCUGUGAGACAUUUGAAAAGCAGAGGAACUGCGCUGCCUUUGGACGCUGUUGUACAAAUGAAAACUUGUUCCAGAAUACAAACUUCCUCCUCCCCUUGACGGAUGAGUCUCGGCUCAUCAAACGGAUCGAUGUUGGCUACAACGCAAGUUUGGGAACGAUUGCUGAUGAUCGCUUCCCAGAGCCUCGGUGUAAAGCAAAAAUCUAAACUCCCCAUUUAUUAUUGUGGAGCUUUAUUAGGGCUUCUGCUUCGGUGUGAAUUUUUAUCACCGUCUGUUGGGCUACCAGCUGAUUUCUCAAGUUCGCCAUCCAGGUGUUUCCCUUUCGUUUCAGCUCCGUUGGAAAGGCUUGAGCCUCUUAGGGUGAUUCUCCUUCCUGUAAACGUUCUCAUUUCCGAACGGAUGAAACUCAGAAACUCGGCAAGAGAUUCAUCAUAGGAAACGAUGCUAACCUGCUCAUUUAUGAACCGAAGGCUUACAACAAAAACGCAGCCUUCUCGCUCAAGCAUUUGUGCGUAUGGAAGGAAAAAUAAACUUAAACUAUGCUGAGGACAAUGAGAAGAAGUGCAGGUUUUGGAGGAAGACCCGUCUUACAAUCACUCGCUUCACAAACUGUCGGCAGAACCGGGAUUUUCUCACACGAUGUUUAGCUGAGCCAAUUUUUGACUUUACGGAAAUGUGAUCUUUUUUGUUUUUAUAAAAUGCAUCUGUCAUUUUAUCGUUGUUGCUUCAGACUGUCCAAAGCUUUCAGGGUCUGAAGGAAGUCUCUUCUGUUUGGAUCUUCCUCUUUUUUUAUUAUUAUUAUUUUGAUUAAAAAUCCUUGACUUUC